AACCAGUUGCCUGUUAGUUGAGAACUUGAGACACUGCUACCAUGACGUCAUUACUCAACAUGGAUUCCCCAUCCUGGAGAUCUGCACGUUUUUUUUUUAUAUAUACCAACAAAGGAUAACCGAAUCAAAAUUUUUAAAAAAGUAAUCUUAUACCCAUUUAAAGAUGAUUUCGAAACUUGAGAGAAAGAUCUGUCUUAAGUUAAGAUAUUGUUUCAGAACUUAAUCGUAUAAUUUACUAUAAGUGAAAUGAUACUGUUUAUAAAUUGAGGCUUCGGAUGGUAAAUUGUAUUAUGGGCAAUGAUAAUGGUAGUUUUUUUUAAUGGAAAAGAUAAUUUUUAUUGGUACUGGUUUUUUGAUGAGACAAAAAUAAUGAUACUUGUUGGAAAUAAUUUGAUCAGUACUUUAUUGUGAUUUUAUUUCGAUAAAUAACAGAUUCUCGAGAGUUGAUGGUUUCUUUUCUUGAGAUGUCUCUGGUGGCUACGUGUGAUGUACGAAAGAAUUUUUUGCACAUGAGAUAAAACAGAUGGAAUAUGUGAUUGGUACAGAAGCUGUAAUGUGGCGCAGCGUGGCUCCGUGAUUACAGACUACGGACUUUAUUCACGCGAAACGAAAUUGCGUGAACAGUGAGUUUCACACAGUUUCACUGCAUAGUCUACAUAGUAAGUACGUGAUAGGUACGUUCUGUCAUUAGUUUCAAGUGACAGUCAAAUUUUGGUCGUGAAUAAAAUUGCAAUAGAAGCUUGUAUUAAUUCUUAUUCAUUUGGAUAUUUUGUCUUGAUACCAAAUUGACAAGUAUAUUGGCAACUUUAUCGUAUCAAUGAAAAAUUCUUCAACAUUGUAUACCUACAUUGUUUUACAGUGAUGCAUGUGCCCUUACCCAUUUUCUAUAGAAAACGAUUUGGAUUUAAGUAUUGGAAAGUUUUCACAAUAAUUACAGGUUCUUUAAUAUAACAAAUUUAACGUGCACAUAUAAAAUAAUUGAAGCACGAAAGACUUACAAAAUUGCUAUAAGUAAUUGCUGUUAAGUCAACAAUGGCAGCAGCAACAGUAUCACCAAGCAUUGCACAAGUGUCUGGUAAGGACCAUGGAUUAACACUGACUGUCGAUUAUUCCAGUAUACGUGGCAAGGAUGUACUGGUCAGUCCUUCAGAGGAUCAGUAUGAAUUAUUACUGAGACGUUUGAAAGAAAGGAUUCAUGAUGGUGGGAGUGAGACAAUAUUUGAUAUUGGAAUUGGGGAGGAUGGUUCAGAGGAUGGAUUGAAAGAAGAUGAGUAUGAGGCAUCAUUGGCUACUUUACAAUCUCUCGCUGCUACUUUGGAAGCUGAUUGUGUCCUCUUACGUCAGAGUAAAGUAGAUAAGGGACUAACAGGACAAUAUCUAGUUAGAAAACGCUUGGAUCAGCAAGAUUUCUUAGAAAUCAGAGUGGCUGUAGUCGGAAAUGUCGAUGCUGGAAAAUCAACACUACUUGGAGUGUUAACUCAUGGGGAACUAGACAAUGGCCGUGGCUUGGCUCGUCAAAAACUGUUUCGCCAUAAGCACGAAGCUGAAACUGGGCGAACUAGUUCGGUGGGAAAUGAUAUUCUUGGUUUUGAUAGUGUCGGCAACGUCGUUAAUAAACCUGAACAUGGAUCUUUGGAUUGGGUAAAGAUUUGUGAGAAAUCAUCAAAAGUGAUAACAUUCAUUGAUUUAGCCGGACAUGAACGUUACCUUAAGACUACAGUCUUUGGUAUGACUGGUCAUGCUCCAGAUUUUGGGAUGCUCAUGGUAGGCGCAAAUGCAGGAAUAGUUGGAAUGACUAAAGAACAUUUGGGAUUAGCUCUUGCUUUGUCAGUUCCUGUAUUUGUUGUAGUUACGAAAAUUGACAUGUGUCCACCGAAUGUCUUGCAAGAGAAUUUAAGACUACUUGUCAGAAUUCUGAAAUCUCCUGGUUGUAGAAAGGUUCCUGUUAUGGUUAAGAAUUCAGAUGACGUGGUUAUUAGCGCUACAAACUUUGUAUCAGAAAGGCUCUGUCCAAUAUUUCAAGUAUCGAACGUGAGUGGAGAUAAUUUGCAUCUGUUGAAAAUGUUUCUAAAUCUCUUAACAGCCCGUAUGACUAGUCACGAUGAUGAGCCAGCGGAGUUCCAAAUAGAUGACACAUAUUCCGUUCCUGGAGUAGGUACCGUAGUUUCAGGCACGACAUUGAAAGGUAUCAUAAAACUAAAUGAUACCCUACUAUUGGGACCAGAUCCUCUGGGUCAUUUCAUACAAAUUGCUGUAAAAAGUAUCCAUAGAAAGAGAAUGCCUGUACGCGAAGUUCGUGGUGGUCAAACAGCAAGUUUUGCCCUGAAGAAAAUUAAGAGAUCACAGAUACGCAAGGGAAUGGUGAUGGUUUCACCAGCUCUUAAUCCACAGGCCUGUUGGGAGUUCGAAGGAGAGAUUUUAGUAUUACACCACCCCACUACAAUAAGUUCUCGUUAUCAAGCUAUGGUUCAUUGUGGAAGUAUUAGACAAACUGCUUCAAUUUUAUCUAUGUCACAAGAUUGCUUGAGAACAGGAGACAAAGCAUUGGUACACUUCAGAUUCAUUAAGCAUCCGGAGUAUAUAAAACCUGGACAACGUAUGGUAUUUCGCGAGGGUCGUACUAAAGCUGUGGGCAAUGUAUUGCGCCUUAUUCCACACACUGGUGCGUCUCACUUUCAAAAUUCACGAGUAAAUAAACCUAAUAAAACUCAACAGAAUCGACAAAAUGGUUCAAGUCAACAGACGUCAGACAUGGCUGAUCAGAACUCUACGUUUGAGGGCGAGCCAGACAAGCGUGAAAAUAUGCCACAAAGAUCAGGUAUAGCUCAAUCGGUUAAGAAAGGUCGAGGUCGUCGUGGCGGAAGAGCACACAAUGCAACAGCGAAUAUAGUGCAGCCAUUGUCUGAGCAAAAUCCACCGGCUAAGGUGUAAUCAAAAAUUGAUGUACCGAGAUCAAGUGCAUGAGUUGUUUUAGCAAUGAUAUUUUUCAGUAUGAUAAAAACAAUGAGUCUUUUGUUACAUCCGUCAUUAAUUAAUGCGCAGUAAUCAGGCAGGUUCUACUUUUAGAAAUAAUAAGGUAACAGUACAAAUGGUCUUCACGCUUGUAUUUUGGCAUUUGUUCAUUUUGCGUAUUUAGGAACAUUGUCCAUUAACUUGAGUAAGUACCAAGUACAGAAAUUUUCAUACACAAGAGAGUUUGGCAGUGAUUGAUUAUCAUCGAAUACUUAUUCCAAUAUUGGUACAUGAUUGCGUUCCUUCCUUUUUAUAUUAACAUUUGGCAAACUAUAUCUUGUCUAAAGAACAUCGUCGCAAUUUUAUGUUGGGAGUCUAUAUUGUAUUGAAAUUUCUUUGGAUUUUGAUUUCUCUGUGCUAUAUAUUUGACCUCCUUUCAGUUGAAAAGUAACAUCUGUGAUUUAGAAAAAUAAAGUUAUUAGUAUAAUAAUAAUAGUCUGACUGUUUUUGACAAUCUAAUAUGAUCUUUAAAAAAAACGUGCAUCAUCCAUAACUUUUUUUGUCAAUGGUACGUUAUACGAAUUAAUAUAUUUUUUAUUUUCGUUUAGUGUCUCAAUACGCUGAACAGAGAUAAAUCCAGAGAUAAAUUUCUGAAGUAUAAUUCAGAGAUAUAAUUCAUUUUAUCGAUUGCAGUUAUUACAGAGAAAGGAUAAAUUUUAUUAUUUAUGUUCACCGUUUUUCGGAAACUUUGCUCGAUACGUGAGAGCGAGAUGAGAAAUUAAUAUAAAAUACUUUUUUGUAUCUUAUUCUCGUAAUAACUGAAAGAUAAGGAGAAGAAGAGAAAUGUCUAUUUUGUCUCUGUAUUUGUUUGAUUUGUUCUUUUUGUUGCGAAAUGUAAGGAUACCUAACGUUACAAGCACUAUCAAAUAUAUAAUUCACAAUUUAUUAUAUUUGACUGAUUUCUAUAUUAGUACUAAAUGUAAAGAAGCUAUGUUACAUAAUAAAUUCUUAUGAAGUUUUCGAAAA